ACUCUCCUGAGAGGCGGCGACGCGCGCGCGGCCCGUCGCCAUUGGGCUGGCCUUGCGGAGGGGGGGUCGGCUCCGCCCGCACUUCUCGGCCUUUCCUGACUGCGGCAGACGGGAGGGGGCCAGAAGAGCCGGGGAGAGAGUGCGGCUGCGCAGUUCCAGAGGCGGCAGUGGGCGUUGCGGUUGCUGCGGUCUGGGCCCAGGGAAGGAUCGUGUUGGGAGCCGAGUUUUAAUUUUGUCUGCAAGGGACCUGGCCUAGUUAAGAGGCACUCUUGGCAGUCUUGUUUAUAACAUCACCGGGAAGUACUAGCCGGACAUGAGUGGCUGUCGAGUAUUCAUCGGGAGGCUAAAUCCAGCGGCCCGGGAGAAAGACGUGGAAAGAUUCUUCAAGGGGUAUGGACGAAUACGAGAUAUUGAUCUGAAAAGAGGCUUUGGUUUUGUGGAAUUUGAGGAUCCCAGGGAUGCAGAUGAUGCCGUAUAUGAACUUGAUGGAAAAGAACUCUGCAGUGAAAGGGUUACAAUUGAACAUGCUAGGGCUCGAUCUCGAGGCGGAAGAGGUAGAGGACGCUACUCAGACCGUUUUAGUAGUCGCAGACCUCGAAAUGAUAGACGAAAUGCUCCACCUGUAAGAACAGAAAAUCGGCUUAUAGUUGAGAAUUUAUCUUCAAGAGUCAGCUGGCAGGAUCUCAAAGAUUUCAUGAGACAAGCUGGGGAGGUAACCUUUGCGGACGCACAUCGACCUAAAUUAAAUGAAGGGGUAGUUGAGUUUGCCUCUUAUGGUGACUUAAAGAAUGCUAUUGAAAAACUUUCUGGAAAAGAAAUAAAUGGGAGAAAAAUCAAAUUAAUUGAAGGCAGCAAAAGGCACAGUAGGUCACGAAGCAGGUCUCGUUCCCGGACCAGGAGUUCCUCCAGGUCUCGUAGCCGAUCUCGUUCCCGGAGUCGCAAGUCUUACAGCCGGUCCAGGAGCCGGAGCCGGAGCCGGAGCAAGUCCCGUUCUGUUAGUAGGUCUCCUGUGCCUGAGAAGAGCCAGAAACGUGGUUCUUCAAGUAGAUCUAAGUCUCCAGCAUCUGUGGAUCGCCAGAGGUCCAGGUCCAGGUCCAGGUCCCGGUCAAGGUCCAGAUCCGUUGACAGUGGCAAUUAAACUGUAAAUAACUUGCCCUGGGGGCCUUUUUU